AUGGGACUUUCACUCCGCUAUGCCACUGAGGCCGACGCCCCCACGCUGGGCCACAUCAACGUGACAUGCUUCAACCGACAGGAACUCUGGGGCAGCGCAUACCCAGGUCUUGACGACGAGACCAUACUGCCUGCUAAAGCGGCGCGCGCCUUACAGAAGCUGGCCGACCCGGCAAUGCACGUCGUCGUGGCGGUUGAGACUGACGCCCCCGGCCAGCCGAUAAUAGGCUACUCGCGCUGGACCAUUCCGGGGGCGCCAAGCCCGGUGGAGCUGAGCCCGACCGGCCAGGACUUUGCAGGCGCGGAUAAUCUGCCUGAGGGAGCCAACCGGAGGGUGUUGGAGGGGUUCCAGGCGAAGUUGAAGGAAUGCCGGAAGGAGCACUUGAUGGAGGGGGAUCUCAUUCUCGACUUCCUGGCUACUCUUCCCCAGUAUCAAGGGCGCGGGGUGGCAUCAGCGAUGUUGCGGUGGGGAAUGGAGCAGGCAGCAGAGCGGCGGGUAGGAAUCUUCCUGGAGGCGACGAUGGACGGGUAUGCGCUGUACCGCAAGUAUGGAUGGGAAGACGUGUAUGAAGUGGUCAUGGAAUAUGAGCCGUUGGGGGGAAGGGGGAGUCAGAGACUCAUGCUGAUGCGGAGGGCGCCAUAA